AUGUCAUAUAUUACACAUAUUGACGCUGCUGAACGUCUAGAUUCGCGUGGAAAGCCUACAGUCCAAGUAACAAUUACCACGGAUAGAGGCGCUUUCAGAUCACUUGUCCCUUCUGGUGCUUCUAAAGGCGACUACGAAGCUAUCGAAUUGAGGGAUGCGGAUGCUGCGCGGUAUCAGGGAAACGGCAUGCUAAGAGCUGUCAAGAAUGUUCAGGAUGCCAUCGGCCCGGAGCUCAUCGCAAAAAAAUUUGAUGUGUCUACUCAGCAGCGAGAGAUCGACGCGUUCAUGUGUGAAUUAGACGGCUCACCAGAUAAAGAGCAAUUCGGAGCAAAUGCGAUACUAGGCAUCAGUAUGGCGGUUGCAAGAGCAGGUGCUACGGCAAGGGAUCUUCCACUAUAUGCGCAUUUGUCUUCUUUGGCCUACCGAGCAUCGAAACCUUACGUAUUACCAACUCCGUUUUUCAAUGUGCUCAACGGUGGCGUUCAUUCUGGAAAUCCCAUGGCCUUCCAAGAAAUGAUGAUCGCUCCCGUUGGUGCCUCGUCAAUGGCUGAAGCUGUCCGCUGGGGUAGUGAAAUAUACAGCGAAUUGAAGACUCUGAUAACCUCUAAGUUCGGCAAGUCUGCAGUCGGUAUUGGUGACGAGGGUGGCUUCGCACCCCCGAUCUCUGAGCCUCAUGAAGCACUGGAUCUUCUCAUUGCCGCCAUAAAGGCUGCUGGUCACGAGGGUGGUGUCAAAAUUGGGAUUGAUCCAGCUAGCAGCGAAUUCUAUAACACCGACACCCGCGAAUACGAUAUCGGGAUGAAAUGGGAUCAUUCAAGUCCUCAGAGUGGGGAGCAAAUAGCGGCAUUGUAUCACAAGAUACUAGCGGAAUAUCCAGUCGUGCUUUUGGAAGAUCCGUUCGCACAAGACGAUUGGAGCUCGUGGACGAUCUUCAAUAAGAAUUGUGCAGUGGAACUGGUAGGCGAUGAUCUGCUUGCGACGAACAUCAAUCGAAUCAACAUGGCAAAUGAGCGAGAAGCUUGCAACGCAUUGUUGCUAAAGAUCAAUCAAAUUGGAACCAUAUCCGAGUCUAUCGAUGCUGCACAGAGAGCAUACGAGCUUGGUUGGGCUGUCUUUGUUAGUCAUCGAAGUGGAGAGACAACCGAUGACUUCAUCGCAGAUUUGACCGUGGCUCUGGGAACAGGUCAUCUGAAGAGUGGAAGUCCAUGUAGAGGGGAGAGAGUUGCGAAGUACAAUCGUCUCAUGGACAUUGAGGAUGAUAUUAAGCGCCGGAACCUUGAGCAUAGUUUUGCUGGCGCAAACUUCAGAUACGCGUAUAGGUGA